UCCAGGCGGUUGGUGCUGCCCUCGCCCUCUAGGGGCCGCCGUGCUUCCGGAAAGCUUGCCGGUGGCUCUGUUGCCAGGAGACCGUUGCCCGGCAACCGCGUGUACACCGGCCCCUAGCGUGCUGGCUCUGACAGACAUGGCGACCUCCAGCUCCUCCUCCAGCUCGUCCUCGGAGACGUCCCGGGAGACCGUGAUAUCGGUGACGCCGGUGCAGCUGCCCCCGACGCCGCCGCCGACCUCCACGGCGAUCCUCAAGUCGCCCACCGAGUCCAAGUCGAGCUCGUCCAACACGCCGCCGCAGUGGACCUGCUCCGAGGACACGCUGCCCUCGGCCGCCUUCUACGGGCCCCUGGACGCUAAGAACCCGCUCCUGGCCUCUUGCGAGAAGGAGACCCGGGAGCUGCUGGGCUUUAUGAAGAAGAAGAAGCCUCUAGCCAUCACGGAGGAACAGAAGCACGAGUUCCAUCGGAGGUGUGCCACUACUCUGUUUAAUAUCUGGACCAAGUACGCCCCCAGGCUGCCGUCUGACUACUACAACGAGAAGCUUCUGAAGGUUGGAGACAGCCUGUGUCAAAUGAAAGAAUACAAGCUCGCUCUUCUGCAGUGCUAUGGGAGGUAUCUCCAGCAGUUCACUACUGACUUCGAUGAGUACAAAGAGGAUGUGAAUCAGUUCAAAUCUGUCUUUUUCCCCAAAGGCUUUGGAGAUGAAACUGCUGGGCUUACGUUUCACGCUUUGAGUGGCAAAAACAUUUGCAGCUAUGAGCUGGUCUGUGAAAGCGAUGCCAACCUGCAGAAUAAAGAGUCCGUGAGCCAGUGUCUCCACAUCCUGUCGUCCCUGCGGCUCAUCAUGCAGGUGGCUCUCCCGCAGGAGCACCUUUGCUGGAUCCUCUUCAACGGUACCAUUUACAUUUACACCAUUUGCCGAAAACUGAUGAUCAUAGGGCAAGCUUCCAAGGCCUUAGAGUACCUGCUGUGGGCCAGCGUGUGCAUGGAGUCCUCUGUCCCGCUCCUGUCCGUCAGGUACCUGACCUGGAGAGCCACUCUCUACACGGCCGUCUGCCAGUGCCACUACGACUGCCAGACUGGCAUCCACGGCGAGGCAUUUGCUCGACGUGCAUUAGCUAAAAUUGAUGAGUUAAGGCAACUGGAAUUAAUGAGUUCCUCCCAGUGUCAGGAAGAGUCCCGAAAAUAUUACAGAGAGGCCACGAUAAAGAUGGCUGUGAUGAUCUUCAAAAGGGGAGUGUAUGAGUCUAGAAGAAAAAGCAAAGCUGUGUUUAGACCGAAGAUCAGAAUUAACCUAAAGGAAGCCCAGAGUAUGGUGUGGCCACGGACGGUCACGGAACGGCUGCUGGAUGAGCUGUUUGAUAGCACCUCGUCCCGCUUUCUGGCUGUCCUGGAAGCUCUUUCUGACUCAAGCAGGCGGAUCCUGCAGACCGGACCUCUGGUCACGGAUGAAGUGGAGCUCCGCGAUGUUGUCUUAGAACUCUUCAUGGCUGGGAAAGAGCUCUUGAUUCUUUCAAAUGUUAGUACACAUGGAAAACUGGAUUUCCCAACAACGAGUCUCCUGGAGCAUGUGGUGGAAAGGAAAAACGUCAUUUCUGCACUCGCUGCUGUAAAAUUUGCAAAGCUGGCUUUCACUUACGAGGAAUGGGGAUUGUUUGAAUCACUAGCUGGACAGCUUAUUUACUUUCUCCAGAAGCAGGAUAGCGUCGAAUUGAAGAAAGCAGAGAAGGAUUUAAUUCUUCUGGUCGCAGUAGAGCCACUGAUCAAUUUAAAGAAAAACAAAGGCUCGAUCUUCCCUCUGGAAAAUGAUAAGCAGGCACAGCCCAUUCAAAUUUAUCUAAAACAUAUUGCUUGUCAUGAGUCCUGUGUGAGGAGCUGUGGGUACUCAGAAGACAUUUUUCACUUGGCGGCCAUUCUUCAUUACUGUGUGUGCUCCCCUUCCAAGGGUAUUCAGCCUGAUAAGGACAUCGUUGUGGACACAAUAACAUUCUUAUGGCAGAAAUGCAAGCUUGGGAUUCAGAGGAUCAACGUGUCCAAAAGCGACUUUGCAAAAUAUUCUCACAAGAUCAGCACCAACAAAUGGGUUUAUCUCCUGUGGCACAUAAGUGAAGUGAUUCACUGCUAUCAACUGGAAGAUUUGGACAUUGUGAUGGUGUCAGAGAUCACCUUACGAAUAACUGAGAUCUUAGAGUCUUUGGGGAGCCCCAAAAGAAAAUUCAGAAAAUCUGCAGAAUUAUCUGCAAAAAAAGGGCCUGAGGAGUUCCCGGGGACUCCAAAGGGGAUCCCGGAAGUCCUUCCAAUAUUAAAGCGAGCACCCUCGGAACAGCUGUUUUAUGCAUAUGAACUCCUCGAUAAAGCCAUCGCCGGGAUGAACUGGAACUCCAUGUUAACUACUCUGUCAGAUGGAUCAUCAACAAUUGACCAUUGCUAUGUCAAGUACUCUCAUGACACGGAGGGGGAUACUUACAAGCCAAUCGCACCGAAUAGCUUCAUGAUGGAUCUGCAUCUCGAAUUAAUCCAAGCCCAGCACCGCAUAGCCGUUGUACUUCUUGACCAAUUGCAAGUUUUGCAGACUCACACUGUUAGCACAAAUACCAAAGGCUGGGAAAAGUUAAAGGAACCUAGACGUCCUGCGUGUUUCUCAGAGUCAACUGUCAGGAAUAAAAUAAAGAAGAACAAGUUGUCGAAAGCCUGCUACCUGAUGCAGAAGGCUCUCUUACUGUUCGAGAAAGAUGCAGAAUGUGCAACUCCCUGGAAGUUGUUGAUGGAAGCGUAUGCCUUAAUUGAGAAGAUCGAGGCGGAGCAGAACGCCCUAUAUUCCUAUCAGAAGUACCUGGAGAGUUCAAAAACAAAGAAGAGCAGACUCCCUCCCCCGCCCAUCCUGCUGGCCCGAACCCACUGCUCCGUGACUCUGAAGCCUGCCCCGUUUAUUUCAGAUGUUAAGGUGUCCUGGUACUGCAUCCUGGGGUGCAAAGCAGGUGGAAGCUACAGCAAAGUCAGACUGAAUAACAACCACCUCCCCAACUCAGGAGAAGCGAUUCCAGCCGACGGCAGAAGCACCUUUGAAAUUAAAGGGUUAGAAACCAAUGAAAAGUACAUAUUUGCCAUCGCGGCUUAUUCCGCCAAUGGGAAACUCAUCGGCGACGCCGUGGGCGAGACAACGAAACCGAUCCUCAUUUACCCGCCUCUCUCCGCUGUCACUGCCCGGAUGUACCUGACGCAGGUUGCCUAUCAGGUUGGGAACUAUGAGUUGGCCAAGAAGGUCUUCUCACCAGUUUGGGAUUAUAUUGUUGCUUCUCCGAUUCAGGAUGAUCAGUCCGUUAUCACUCUAAGCAACAUCAUGACGGUGACACAGAGGAGAUUGCACUCUAAUGUUCUGGCCGACACUUCUUCGAUCCUCUUAUACCUUUUCCUUAGAAAUAUCUUUGUGAUGAGCGACAUUAAAAUUAAAGAAGAAAAUCUCUUCUGUGAUAAUAUUAAAGGCAAUGAGAUAUUCCCUGCCCAACAACUGGCCAGACUGAUGGAAUGUGAGAACGUGCUUGUGGCGCUAGAGCUCAGCAACUUCCUCAACGAUGCCAAUUACGCCCUUCAAGCAGUGACCCAGUGCUACGGGCUCCUGGCUCCCAUCAUCUAUCACAACAUUGUUUUAGUACCUGUCAUACAGAUCUUGAUAAAAUGUAUUGUGGUUUUGCAAGGAAUACCAAGUAUUGUUCACUCAAAGAAAAACAUUGCAAGCUUUGAGAGUAUCCAACACAUGAUAGCUUGCUGUAUCUUCUACAUGACCAAGAUUCUACGUUCCUGGAAGGAAUAUGACCUGGCGGUAAUGAUUAUAAAUUAUGGGAAAAAGACGUUGGACAUCACAUCGGGGUGCAAAUCUCUAUUUGGUAUGGACCAAGAUGAGAGUGGAGAGGAGGGUACUUGUUCUAAGAAAACUUCAAGAACCAAGAAGCCCCAGCAGGUGCUGUUGCCUGAAAAGAUAAACGAACAGCUGGCCUUGCUGGAGACACAUCUACUCAAACUGACAAAGCAAUUCACCUCAACUGAACUCUCUGGAGCAGAGGACCCGAUCUUUCUGUACCCUGUGGUUCUAAACUGGUCGGUGAAAGGCGCCAUGAAGGAAGUCAUGAAAUUCAAGCAAAGACCGAGAUUCCUGGAAUUCUUUACACAAGUUAUGCUCAAAUGUAUGAAUGAUGAAAAGUUUCAACUCACGGUGGAGCUCACAGCUCCUGUUUAUGAGUUCUUGAAAAGGAGAAACGAGUCCCUCAUUGGAGUAAAAAGGUUAAAAUGUAAGGACAGUGUCUUGUGUAAGAAGGCACCCAAAGCUCCCAAGAAGUAUAAAGCUAUAGUUAUCGAGAUUGGAAAAAGUGGGGAUGUAUCAAGAAGAAGAAAAAAGAAAAAGGAAACUUUAAAAGAAUUUUUCUCCAAGAACCCAUCCAUUCAUGAUCUGUCGGAGCAGGAUAGAAAUAAGAGAAGUGAUGUCAGAAAAAUGGCAUACCGAAGCCUGACAGAUAACUUGAAUCCCAUAAUAUUAAAUUAUGUUAAAAGAAAGAGGUUUCAUCAAAUACUUCUUGAAGAGCUCCCUUGGAGAUCUCAGAUGAACUUGUAUCUGGCGAGUGCACACUUCCACCUGUUCUUCCAAAAGCUGUCCGAGCGCACGAAGAUGAGAUUCACUUCUUCGCGUUCCAAUGUCAGUUUCCGAAUAUGUGACCCUAACCUCUUCUCACUAUUCCACUCUGGAACUGUGUUACCAACAGCAAAGCUGACUGUAGACAGCUACAAAGCAAUGCUGGAUGUCCUCAUUGCUUCCAAAAGAAAGAAGCCUAACCUAGCCACAGAUACAGAAGAUCUUUCUGCAUUUUGGAAUUCCAAAAGUGAAGAUAAUAUUUCCAAGAUAAAAACACAGACAAUUUAUGAUUCCGAAUCUCAAUCAGGCAUUAAUAUUAAUGCCAAAGAGAAGGAUCGAGCACUGAACUGGGGACUGGAUCAUUUUAUGAACAUCUUCUCAUGUUGCAGGAGAGCUAUGGUUCUUGCUCACCGUGGUGGCUAUUGGACUUUACUGCAAAAUUGCUGCAGGAUGUUCUGGAACUUUUCCCGGGAGCUCCAAAUACUACUGAAGCAGAUUAUGGAUACUUACAAAACUUUCCCUAUUACCCAGGAUGGCUUUCUCUGUACCUGUGUGUUACCAUUCAGCCUGGGUACAGAAUUACUUAUUGACAUGUUAAUUAAGCUGCAGAGCACCAAUUCUAUCAAGCCGGUGGAAGAGAAAGGUGACUUCAGCGUUCCCAGCUGUUACGGGAACAUCAAAUACGAUAACGGGGGUUCCAGCCUGACUUUCGAGCAUCCUUUGGAUGACAUCAAUGUGGUUGAUCUGAAAUGGAUCCGUGACUUCGUGUUAAAGUCUCUGGAGCUUCUGUACCAAGUGGAGAAAUGGGAGACACUGGUGUCUCUCGCCAUCCAGUUCAACAUCAUUUCACACGAGAGGUAUACGGAGCAAGUGACGCCGCUGUUGGUGUACGCACAGCGCCAGCUGCUCGUGAGGAUACAAAAGUUCGGGGGCCCCGAUGUCUCUCAACAGGCUUGUGCCAGAUACGAGGCUGAAAAAGGAGAGAAGAUAACCUGCCGGAACUUCAUAGGGAAGCAAUUCACCAUCGACCCUUCUUCGCCCAAGACGCUGGUCGAAGCAGAAGGCAGCCCUGACCUGCUCAAGACUCUGAUCCUUUCAGAACAUAAUCAGGCCAAACAGCUUGUCUGUGUGCCUGUGGACGUGGCAGACACUUUGAGAUGCUUUCGAGAGAGCCUGGAAAAGUCCAAGUAUCAUAACAGAUCAGUCCGGCACAGCAGAAAGCUGCUCUCGUUACUUAUUGCACAGACACAAGGAGACAGAGGAGGGGCCAACAACCCGCAGUUCUCCUCGGGAAAGGUGGACUUCUGCCUGGGAACAGAAGAGAUGCACAUGCCGAUACCCCCUGACCUUUCUCAGGAAAACUUCCGAGUUUUCAGCUCCGUGGAGAAAAGCAAACUUCCCUAUUCCCAGCUGGGGCUGGUGAUUUCUUCCCACUACCAGACCAUCGAUGUUCUCCAAGCCAGCAACCAAAGGAGCCUUAAAGUCCAGGUGUUGCAUGCACUCGGAAAUCUCUUCAUCUUCGCCGAGAAGAAAAGGGCCGCUUUUAAGUGCUGGUGUCAAGCUCUUGAUGACAUAUUCAGAAAGCCAGAUGCGCUGCACACCUGGAAGGAAUUCGGCACCACCCCCCUCCGCAGUGCCACCAACAGCUGCUCCCCUCCUGAUUUCAAAGACUACAGUGAAGAGUUUCUAUCAAAGCUGGGCAUUUGGGGGUGUUUACAAGGGGCAGUGAUAGCAGCAAAGAUAGCGCAGUUUAUUAAGACCGCAAAUGUUAAGAAGAGAAUCAACGCUUGCAUCCUGUCUGCACUGCUUUUUCAGAGUCUGCUUCGUACUACACUCCCACAUCCCAAAGCUGAACGUAGCUAUGCUCAGUACGAAAUCACUCAGCUCCUCCCAGGCAUCGAACUCUUCACGGAUAAAUUCAGGGCUGACAUCUCCAGUGUUGUUGCAACUCUAUACUACGUCAUCCGUGAACUGCACUACGCUAAGUACAACCUCACAGUUCUGCCUCUCCUUGCAUUGUACCAGUAUUUUGUGACUAUCAUUUGCCAAGACAUAGUCAGGAAUCUAGAAGUAAGAAUCCUCAAGAUCGAAAUCCUUAUAGAUUUAGGCUUUUUUUCUGAGGCCUUUUUUGAGCUAUCCCAGAUUUUUUAUGGAAAAAACAUGCCAUGCGCCAUCCCUGCUGGCUACAAAGCUACAGUGAAAGUUAAGAUAACUCAAUCAUUUGACUCUGGAAAACCUCUUUUCAAUAAAGACAACAUACAGGCGCUUGAAGACUUAAUGAACAGAGGCUUGCCUCUCAUUCUCGUUACUCUUGGCCACCAGCAUCUCUUAAAUAAAUUUAAUUUUGUCAAGGCAUACUUCUUCUUAAGUUUGGCUGCAACGAUAAACUGUAUCCCAGAUAAUUCACCAAGAACACUGUACCACGCCAUUGUUGAGAAGAGCAAACCCAACCUCCCAAACCUGAAAGAUUUUUUCCCAAAAGAUAAUGAAAACUCACACUGUCAACUUUUGAAAUUUAGAGAUGAGUACACUCUUAGCAUGAUAAAGUCAAUUUUACUGAUGGAGGCUGAAGACAGGCUCAACUGCCUGGUGUCUGAGAUGGAGCAUCAAUGUCACAAGCCCCUCUGUCAGUGCUCUGUUGGGGAGCUGGAGACCAUGGUGGAGGCCAGACUUCAGCUGGCAGCAAUUGCCCUACAGAGACACCGGGCAGCAUAUGGGGCCGCGAUAGUGUAUUCCACACUCAAGCUUCUCCAGGAUUCGAAGGUUUUUAAGAAGAGAAUGCCUGAAGACUCAGACAGCCCCACCUCUCCAGGAACUUCUACCAUAGAAAGUAAAGACGAUAGCGAGUUUUUAGACCCGAUUUCCCUGAAUGCCCGGGAGUAUUUCAACAUUCACCUUUGGCUGAGGUGCCGCUUGAUGCUUGUGACUGCCUUCGUGACACAGAUUCACGGUGUUGGAGUCAUGAAAGAGAAUGACAUGACAGACUAUCUCAGCCUCAUCAAUGAAGUGUGCAUGGAGGCAAAGAGUGCGGAUGACCCAGAGCUCCUGGCCGAGUUCCUGAUGCAAGCCGUGAUCCUGGGGCUUCAGGAAAAGCACUUAAAGGCAGACAUCAUAAAAAACCUUCAGGAAAUAAUCCAUUUGCUGGAAGGCAAUGAGUUCCUUUCUCCUCGAUCUUGGCUAACCCUGGCGAGAAGCCUCGUUCUAAUGGACGACUUAACAAAAGCCGAGAAAUUCAAGCAGGCGUCUUCAAAAGAGGGCACAUUAACUUUCCUGAAUCAAGCUCACAGCAUCCUUAUCGCACAGAUGCUGACUUUUGGAGAGACAAUGGAAUUCCCUCUCUCAGGUGCUGACUAUGCAAAUCCACUACAGCCUUUGAAAAAUAUCUACCUUCCUCAUGUCAUGUUACUGGCCAAAAUAAAACUGAGAAUUGGACACACAUUGUCCAAGCAGGUGUAUUCCAACACCAAGAAGAAGGACAUCACCAAGUGGUUGCCUGCUCUUCACAUCUUUGAGAUGGCCCUGAAGCUCUGCCAGGUGACCGCAGCAGAGGAGUAUGAGGUGGAAGCUGAAAUUCUGUUUCAGAAAGGCAGAAUAGAGCGUCAAAUUCUGAUAGAAGAGAAAUCUCCAGUUUCACAGAUAGAGAGUUUUUUCGAAGCUAUUCAAAUAAGCCUGAGAAACGAUCAGAACUCAGGGUUGAUAAGAGACUCCUACCUAGAAAUUGCCCUGGUGUAUUUCCAUCUGAAGAAGCCAAGGAAGAAAGUCUCAGCAACACCGUCAUCACUCAAGCCUCUUCCCAAAAGGCACAGUUUUAUUAAAGAACCAGUAGCAAGUCGAUUUGAGAUUUACAGCUCACUGGCCUGGAUUGCAAUACGAGCUGCUGCACAGGUCAGCGAAGCCGUGCUGGCCAUCAACCUCCUGAUUGGAAAGAAGAAUGCUAGAACCGACAAAGUGAAUCACAUGGCAUUGCUGAACAUUCCAGAGUUUGCCACCGUGGAUCUUUUUUCUUCAUAUGCAGAUUAUCUACUUGAAAACUACCAAGUGGCUUUCCAGACUGGUAGUUCACUGUACCUAAACGAAGAUGUUUAUGAUAGUGCGGAUGUUAAAAGAAAGGGUUACAACAAAGUGGAUAUUACCUGGAUCCUGCUCAUUCGCUACUACAUACACCUGCAAAGAAUUAACAACAUGAGCAAGCUGCUAGCAUCUGCAACUCCAGUCUCAGGGAUUUCUUUGCCCGAUGAUAUGCUCCUCACAUCCCUGUUCAACUCUGAACUGAUUUUGCGCCAAAAAGAAAUGCAUCUUUUCCUGAGACGAUUCCUACAACUCUACUCUUCCUCGUGCAUCGAAGGGUUUCCAAGGGAACUUCUUCAAGGUGUGGAAAACUUCGUUCCACUAGAGAAAGUCCUGUUUGAUUCAUCAGGCAAGGUUCAUCGGGACAGCUCUGUGCAGUCUGAUAUCUCUGGGAAGCUCCUCGGCAGUCCGUCUUAUACAGAAUCCUCGUCAGAAAUGGCAGUACAGGCACUAAACAAAGAACUCUGCUUUCAGUGGUAUAUGCCUCCCCUGGACAAACCUCCGAAGGAUACGGAACCCAUGGUCUUAUUAUUGUACGCAUAUAACUUGAAGCCUCUGAAGAUUUCCGAUAUUAAAGUGCCCACUGGCAACAGCGUGUGUGUUGGCACCUCCUGGUUUCCACUGAACAGAGUCAUUGCAAUUCACGAGAAACUAUCCAAUCUUGCGCAAAUAGCUGAGCUAUCAUUACCAUCGGUUCCCGAAAUUGCUUCAGAGGAAAAUAUAUAUGAAUCAGUAGACUCUGAGGAUAAAUCAGCUGAUACAGACAUGGAAAACAUGAUCCUUGAAUGUUGCUCUGAAAUAAUGGCUCUGUUUUCCACCGACAGAGACCCCACUCCACUGACUGAGGUUCCCUUUGAUGUCUCCCUGCCUGCUAUAUUCAAUCUUGAGAGACUUUUUGAUCUUGCCAAUGGUUGUAUCGUGUCAGUAGGAAGCCUUUUCAACUGGGUGGUGUCAAUUAUUCCCUGAGCAUCCUUUACAGGGUAACUCUAAGGGAGAUUUAAUUGUUACUGAUUUUUUGUUUGUUUGAAUGAAAUUUCUAAAUUUUUUAAUCUCAUAAAUACCAAUAUUUUCUCCUA